AUGGCUUCGGUGAAUAUUGAUGCCCUCCUGGUGAAAAGCGGCGCCGAGAUAUUGAAAGGCAAGGACAAGAUGGUGGAGAUGCAGAACGGCUGCAUCUGCUGCACGCUGCGGGAAGAUCUGAUUGAGAACGUCAAGAAGCUGGCUGUGGAGGGUCGUUUCGAUUACCUCCUCAUCGAAAGCACUGGCAUCUCCGAGCCUAUGCCGGUGGCCACCACCUUCGUCAGCGAGUACGACGGUAAGAGCCUUCUUGGCAGUGUCGCCCGCUUAGACACCCUGGUGACCGUGGUGGAUGCACUGAACUUCUUGAGGGACUAUGAGAUGGGUCAGAUGCUCGUUGACAGGGAGGAGCUGGGUGCAGAAGAGUCCGACCGGCGCACAAUUGCGCAGCUUCUGGUUGACCAAGUAGAAUGCGCGAACAUCAUCGUUUUGAACAAGGUCGAUUUGCUUGCGGAACGAAGAAUCUGUCAUGUCGAGGGCCUCCUGAAACGGUUGAACCCAAAGGCACGGAUCAUCCGUUCGACCUUCGGGAAAGUGGAUCUCAAGCUGCUCUUCAACACCAAGAGCUUCAACAUGGAGGAAGCACAGGAAAUGCCGGGAUGGUACCAAGAACUGCAGGGCCACCAUGUGCCCGAGACGGAGGAGUACGGUAUCUCCAGCCUCGUGUUUCGCGUACAGAGGCCCUUCCAUCCGCAGCGACUGGAUGGCCUUAUCUGUCAUGGGCUUGAUGAUCGCAUCAUGCGCUCCAAGGGUAUUCUGUGGGUUGCCGGCCUGGACAGAUCCUUGAUUUGGCACCAGGCGGGCCGCACGAAGAGAAUUGAAGCCGGCCCUUACUGGCUCCAUGGCAACGUCGAUCUCUUGGAGUGGCCUGCCGAGACUCCCCCCGAGUAUCGGGAGGCACUCUACGGAGACAUGCGCCAGGAAGUGGUAUUCAUUGGGAGGCACUUCGACAAGGAAUCUUUCGAGAAACGUCUGGAGAAUGCCUUGGUCACGGGCCCCGAGUUUGAGUUGGGCCCGGACGCAUGGAGAGAGUGGCCCAGUCGUUUUCGAGAGCGCUUUUCGGAUGGGCAGGCGAAGGCCACGUUGCGAAAGAGGCGGGCGCCCUCGAAGAAACCCAUGGUCCUGGGGAAGAUAGCGAAGGCCUUGCGAAAGCGGAAGAGGGGCGGUGCUUAG